AUGAAGAAAAAGACGAAGAAUGGACAACAGAAGACGAAACUGAAGAAGAAAUCGAAAGAAGAAGAGUCAUCGUUGUCGGGUGACAAAGCCACACAUGGAUACGAACGCUUGAUGCCAUUGGGAUAUUUGGUAGUAGCAGUUUUGGCAAUAUGGUUGGCCCAGCAAAGGCAGUCGGCAUCAAUCCCAAAGGAAACGAAGGGUGCCACCAUUUCGCAGCUGGGGCGACUAUUCCGGAGGCAUUGCCGGAAACCACAUGAAUACUGCUUAGACACUGUCCAAGUCGAUGACAGAGCUCUAAAAGUCAACCAAGCGACAAAUGCCAACACCCACAUAAUCACAAUAUCUCGAAGUUCUCAGAUUUGGGAUAUUGAUGCCCUCCGGUCUCCGCUCAUUCAAAAUCUGAAUCUCCUUUCCGCAAGGCACAAUGAUACUUCAAAUCAACCGCUCAACAACAUUGCCUACCUUGCUGCAUACCUUGCGCUGAGAAAUAAAGAUGACGCAUAUUUGCAGUAUCUUCCAACUCAUACGGACUUUGCAGAGUUUCAUCCAGUAGCAAUGGAGGAAGACUACCUGAAAGAACGGCUUGGCGGUGAACAGUCUCAUGCCUACCUGCUGAUUAUGCUGAUCAAACGAAAGAUUCAAUCCGAAUACAAGGCAUUUUGCUCUGCCUCCACAGAAUUCCAAGAGCGUGUGUCACAAGACACGUAUACGGAAAGCCGAAUCAACGUCAUGUCUCGAUCGUUCCAUCUUUCACAGACCAAUGUUGAGUUGACGACACAUGAACAGUAUGCCUUUCAGCAUCUCGAUACCGUAAAUUCGUAUUCCAUGGUCCCACUAUUGGAUGCGUUGGAUCAUCAAAAUCCCGGUAACAAUAUCGCAUGGGGUCGCAUGACACCAGAAGGGGACAUUGGUAUCCGGACUACCGAACGAUUGAAACCGGGUCAGGUCCUUUACAAUAAAUACAGUUCCACCGAGUCACAAGACUACAUGUUUGCCAUUUAUGGCUUUUUGAUCGGCAAUGAACCAGUAUCGCAAAGUAUCGAUGCGUAUCAUCGGACUGUCGAACCAAUGAUCGAGAGUCCUGCUGGUUGGCAGAAGCGUCAACUGUUACAGUACUUGGCACAUGACGAUGGAUAUUCAGAGUGCAUCGAAUCCUCGACUCGGCAUCCCACGGAAUACGCAUUCAAACGUUUGAAACUGCUAGUUCUGGAAAUGAUUGCCAAUAAUCCAAAAUAUUGGGUUGUCCGAUUGCCCAGUCGUCGAAACCAUCCUCCAGCGUUUGAUUCGAACCCUACCGAUCAAGACUUUGGACCGAUCCUACAAACAUGUCGCUUGCUAGCCAUGACGCAUCGAGACUACCAAGGAGACGCACAUCAAAUACUACGAAACGCACUGUCUCAAGGAAACCUGGACAUCAUCACGUUGCAGCAGAGAAAUGAUGAUGAUGAUGUCAUGAUUGAUCUGGAGAUUCGAGCUUGGACGUGGAUGCUUCGAUUGGCUCGACACAAGCGCAACCAGUACGACAUGGGCUUGACGGAAAUGACAGAACGGAUAUCGAGUAUGGAGGUCAUGAGCAGAGACUGGACGGUUGCACAGAUUCAGUUUGGAGAGAUCCAGUCGCUCGAGUAUAUCAUGGACCAUGCCUAUGGUGCAAUACAAAGGCUCCGACGAAAUCUUAAAAAGGGAGACGAUGGGGAUUCAUCCCUGAUGAUUCGAGAGGAUGCUUGUCCAUUUUCAACCGUUCUUCCAUUGCUAGCAUAA